GGAAGAAAGCAGGCACCCGCAGAGUCCCCGAGACUCUCCCUUGCGUCUCUCUGGCCGCUCCAGCAGCUGCCCCGCCUGAGUCAGGGCAUCUCCACCUGCUGAGCUGGGGUAUUCGGGAGCCUACCAGCCGCUUGAGCGCAACGACCGUCGCUCCCUUCAGCCCGGGAAGGUGCAAGAGGAGGAGGCAGGGCCCGGCGCUGGUUGGCCGGGGGAGGAGAAUCGGGGUGAGGGGGCCUGGUUUAGGGGCCGCCCUUGCGGGCUGGCGGUUAGCGGCGGCCGCGGCUCCCCAUGGCGAGCCAGUCCCAGUGCCUGGAGGACGCGCCCGGCCGCGGGCCCCGCGGGGAGCCGAGCUCGCCCGAGCUCUACAGCGAGGCGCAGCGGCUGGCGCUGGAGGAGCUGGUGGCGGGCGGCCGGGCCGCUUUCCGCGCUUUCCUGCGCCGCGAGAAGGUGCCCGGCUUCCUCUCGGAGCCCGAGAUCCAGGCCGUCCUCCAGGCGGCCGCGCCGCCGGCCGGGGCCGAGAACGGGGCGGCCGAGUCCUCGCUCAGCGCCUCGCUGGACUGCUCCUCGCUCACCUACUUCCCCGAGCAGUCGGACGUGGAGCCGCCCGCGCUGGAGCUGGGCUGGCCGGCCUUCUCCGGCGGCUCGUACCGCGGCCUCACCCGCGUGGAGGCGCUUUUCCAGCCCAGCUUCGGGGAGACCAUCUACAGCUGCAAGGAGGCGGUGCGCAGGCAGAUCCGCUCGGCCAGGGAGGUUAUUGCUGUGUUUAUGGAUACCUUCACAGACAUUGAUAUCUUCAAAGAUCUUCAGGAAGCCUGUAGCAAGCGGAAAGUUAACAUGUACAUUCUUUUAGAUUGUGCUUCAUUUCCCCGCUUUCUGAAAAUGUGCAGAAAUCUAGGAGUUGAUCUUGAGCAGGAGAAGGAUGAGAAUUCGAACUAUAUCAGCAAACACUUAUUGCACAAGGUCAGGAGUCAAAAUUGUGGGGAGGGUCCAAGAAAAGUUUAUCUUGAUGGCAUAAGAGUGACAACAGAUUCCUACAGUUUCACAUGGACUGAUGGGAAACUAAGCAGCAGUAACAUCUUGAUUCUGUCGGGCCCAGCAGUCGCACACUUUGAUCUGGAAUUCCAGAUCCUUUUUGCACGGUCAAAGCCCAUCAACCCCAAACUGUCAUCCAGUUGCAAGAAGAAUGGAAUGUUUGAUCAGCUGGUCAGGAGAACAAAGGCUUCCAGUGACUGGAUAAAGGAAAACUUCUUGAGAAUGGAGUUUUUCUACCUUAGAGCAUUUGUAGAAAACAUGAGAAGGAAACAGAGCUUCUUGUAUGCCUCCAGGGAGGCAAAUGUGAGUCAAAUAUCAUAAUGCAGGCAUCUCCACUGUUGACUGAGAAGAAUGUCUCUGCAAUCAUGAGGCCAUGUUGGAGCAUAGAGAGGUGAGCAUUGUCCACUCAACUUGAAAGAUGAGAAGAGCCCACUGUGCCCAUAUCCAAUGCUUCCUUGCAAACCAAUGUUGUAAUGGUAGCCACUGGAAAACAAACCUCAAAUUGAGAGAAGGCAAUACUCAAACAGUGGUUCUACUGAAGACCACUACAACUCAGGCCAGCAAACAUAAGACUGUGUUAUUGUCUCUGCCUCCUAGGUGAUAAUAUGUGGAUAUUAUCACCAGCAUGUGGAUAACUCUCUUGUUAACUUCUUCUAGUUUUCAGUCAUUUUGCUGCACUUUCACAUCCUCUACUAGAUCAGUAUCCUUGUAUCUCAAUGGCUCUGGUUAUUCUAAAGACUCUUGCUACCGAAAAGAACACUGCUUAAAGAGCUCCUUCUGAAAAAUAAAUGGGGGAAGGGGCACUCUUCUGCUCUGAAAUCAGGUCCAAGCUCAAACUUGUGUUUGGCAACCUCUCCAGCCAGGGACAUUUGACUGAAAAAUGACAUGGAUAGCCAAACCAUAACAUAUAACCUCAACUAGAUGGAAAAAGAUCUAUGUCAGCCUACUGGGCCUCAGACAUCACACCCUUUCUUCAAAUGAAUGGCCGCAGCUAGGUGGAGCAAGUUGGUGCAUCAGCUGCUUUUAAGCAUUGUUGUUUGCAGUGUUGUUGUGGCCAUGUUGGUCCCAGGAUAUUAGACAGACAAGGUGGGUGAGGUAAUGUCUUUUAUUGGCCCAACUUCUGUUGGUGAAAGAGAGACGUUUACAUGGAACACUGUUGUGGUUCUUCCUAUGCAACUUAUUACACAAUACACAGUGAAGUACUUGAAGCAUUAAAUCAUAAAAGUACCUUAAUUUGCUAUUUGAGUUUUGCACAAAUUACAUUUUAAAUGUACACUAUCCUUUUUUGUUUUGUAAUAAAGUAUGGAUAAGGUUGCAAAAAGAUUUUUUUAUAAUCUUUUUUAGAUAUUCAUUUCUCUAGAAUACUUUUUUUCUACACUGAAGCUUUCCCUAUUUGCUUUUGCAGAACCAAAUGAAGGCCUAUUUCGUUAUAUCAUUGUACAUUCACCAUACCUGACCUGACAGACACAGGAGCUGUUGCUUUCAGCCUACUCCUGGGACAAGUUUUAUGAGAGGUUUUGAAACGCAAGGGAGAAUUCCCCCCUCGCUCCCUCACUGCACACAUUUUCCCCAAAAAUCAAAAAAGCUCACCUUAACCUAGGCCAGGCAAAUCAUAUGUGCAAAAAAAAAAAAAAAAAAAAAUCAAAUAUCCUGCCACUUUAAGGUCUUCAUAGAAAUUCAAAGCUCUCAUUUAAAACAUAUCUAACCUUUUCUGUUGCAAAAAUAGUAAUUUCAACAUAUAUUCUUGCCCUGUGGUCUCAUUAAUCCAGCCUGGUAGAAAAUUCUCUUCAAUCAAACAAUGGUAGCUGCAGUAAAGUAGGAACAUACUCUUAACCCACUUCAUUCACUGAGGCCUUGAUUCAGCAGAGCAUUUAGGCAUGGGUUGAGUGCUUUACUGAGUCUGGGCCUGAAGUGUGAAUAUCUAAACCUAACUGAGGAGUUAUGUAUGUUGUUAAGCAUCGCAAUUAAAAACAAAAAACACAUAAAACUGGGGGCAACCCUAUUUUAUUGCAUUAAGGCUGUUUUAAAUCAGGAAAAAUGUAAUAUUCUAGAUUGACAUUAAUUUGCACUUCAUAUAGCCUGUUAUACGUUAUAAACAAGAAAAAAUCUGUUGUGCAAUAAAGAUAACCUAAUUUAUCUUCUGCAUUUAUUGUAACUGAAACUUAAUUUGCCUAAUCUAAGAACAUUCAAUAAUCAUAGGUGUCCAUGAUGGGUUUUUUUUUUAAUCCUUGUGUGCUAGUAUCUUAAGUGUGGGUUUGUCCUUUGCUAUGAUAUGUAUCUCUUCAAUGCAAUAAUCCUCUUAAUGCCACUUUUGUGAUCUAUGCAGAAUGUUCCUGUCAGACUAAUUUACUCUUUCAGAAUUUGUAAGUGUCUGGCAUAUUUGUGUGUUCAAAAUUGAUGGUGGACUUUUCUCUUGAAUGAGCUUUUUCGCCUCUUUUUCUUAUGCAAAGGAUUCUAAGUUUACUGUAACAGUGUUUCUUGUAUGGGCUACUGUUGCUGUGACUGAAAAAAGCAAUAUUUAUAUAAUAACUGUUUUUAAUAAUAGUGGGAGAUCUUUUUAUUAUUUGUAAUUUCAAAAUGUAUCCAAAUAAACAGCCAGGAUUUUAAGAUUACAUCUCUUAUUACAAUCAAGGACAUAAUUUUUCUCUAAAAGAAUUUGCCAAACAGCCAUUGGAUUAUAAUAAAUAAAAAUUAAUUGAAAGACCAUAUUAACCAGGUAAGGUAUAAACACAUCACUUAAGAUUAAUUACAACAGUCAUAGUGCUGCUCUAUCACAUUAUUUAUGUGCACGAUAAAGAGUGCUAGAGAUUAAGAAGCAAGUGAAAUGUGGCUGGGGAUUUUGUGGUUCUGUGAGUUUUUCACCCUCUUUUGUCAAAGAUUUAAUAAAGCAUCAGGGUAAUUGAA